AUGUUAUUUUUAUACUCACUCAGUAUCCUAUUGUUGUCCCUAUUCGUUACUGCUGCACCUAUAUCAGAAUCUCCCAGACGACACUCGGCACAAUCAACGACCUUCGAACCUUUACGCUGGUUGACACGCUUUGGUGCAAACAUACCUGCAGACUCUACAGUGGAUUUACAAUGGGAAGGUGGAAGUGGACAAGGAGUUGACGUGUAUUAUAUCCCACAAUGGCCUGAACAGACUGAUUACUUCCCUGUCGAAAUCAUAGCUGGAACUACAGCAAAUCAUUUCACUUGGCAUACACCUAAAAAGGACGCUUACCCAAAAGGUACCACUUUUAUUCUUGGUAUCAAUGACGCAGUAACAUCGCUCUCAUCAGAAUGGUACGAUAUAACCGGAAUGCUACACUUCGGCAACCAUUAA